AUGUCAUUGAAAGUGAUUGUAGACAAUGCACGUGAAGCAAGAUGGAACAACUCUGGAGAAUUUGUCGAAUAUGCUGGGAUUAUGCUGGACAACGCCAAAGCGUAUGAUAGGGUACAUCCCCAGUAUCUAUCCAAGGUCCUAGUGAAGUUUGGUUUUCCAAAACAGUUUGUCCAAUGCAUCUGCAAGUUAUUCUUCGACAACUCAAUUUACGUGAAUGUCAAUGGCUUUUUAACAAAUCCUAUCGAACAAAGACGCGGAAUCAGACAAGGAGACAGUAUAUCACCAAUGCUGUUCAACUUGGCUAUUGAACCAUUUCUGCUAUCUGUGACCAAAAGUACAACUAUCUCGGGGUAUAGUCUCCAACACGUCAAGCCUAUAAGCAAGAGAGCAAACAGUUGGGUGGCUCCUCCUCCAUUGAAAGUACUCGCAUAUGCGGAUGAUGUCCUGACAUUCGUCAAGUCUCGGGCUGAACUUCUUGGUCUGGAAGAAAGAUUGAGAACUUACAACAAGGCCUCAAACUCCAAGAUCAACUACGACAAGUCCGUAGCCUUCCCUCUUCAUGGCGGAAGAAUGACAAGCCAAACUGGUGGCCUAAUUCAAGAUCAUGCAACAAACAAUCUCAAAAUCAAAUGGUAUGGUUCUACGUCUACAGGAUUUAUAAAAUACCUAGGUUAUCCAAUUUGGUUCUGCAAUCAACAAAUAGACGUAUACAUUGCUAGACUUCUGGGUGAUAUUACUACUGCUGUUGAAAGGUUUGCAGCACGACAAGUCUCACUGUACGGCAGAGCGAAUAUUGCCAACACUAUGAUAUUGUCCAAACUAUGA